UGCGGCACCGGGCAGAGCUGACCGAGGGGAAGAGCCUCCGAAAAGCGCCGCUCUCGGGCUCCGCCGUCGCCGCCUGUCGCCGGGCUGAAGCGGUUUGGGGGGCGGCUCUGUUGGCAGCCGUGACUCGCUCCCUCCCCCCCACCCCGGCCUCCGCCGGCAGAGACCCUCCCCGGCCGGGGUCCGCCCGGUGCAGAAACCGCAAAUGAAGUGGUGCCUACUUUCUUACUUAAUUCCCGUGCUCCAUUUUCAAAGCGGUCGUUGAACCAACCAGUGCAAACAGCAGUAACCUGUGCUGGCGGUAGCCUGGGCUUGCGGGGUCCGAUAGCCAGAGCCAGCAACUCAAAUCAACAUCGUGGCGGCACUUGGCCCGCUCUUUUCUGUCAUUUGCUGACUUCGGGCCAUGUCUUCCGUUUAAAUAGCAAACAUGCACAGCUUUAUCUAAGUACAUAUAUGUAAGCAUGCACAUAUGUACGUAUAUAUGCAUGCCUACAGGAGGAAAAAAAUCACUUCUCUUCCAAAUGACCAGCUGAAGCCUUAGAGCAUGAGAUUUGAUUUUAGCCAUUGUGUGAAUGGGAACUGUACUCUGGCAAGAUGCUCUCUGUCUGGUGUGGCUGGGAGCCAGGGACUGGCUUACAUGAACAGCAGGAAGCUUGUAGUAAAUAGCUCCAGUGUCUUCACCGUCCGUUACUUCAGAACCACUGCAGUACGUAGGGAUGACGUGGUUACGGUGAACACACCAGCCUUUGCAGAGUCAGUCACAGAAGGAGAUGUCAGGUGGGAGAAAGCUGUUGGAGACACAGUGGCGGAAGAUGAAGUGGUGUGUGAGAUUGAAACAGACAAGACAUCAGUGCAAGUUCCAGCCCCAGCAGCUGGUGUGAUUGAAGCCCUUCUGGUACCUGAUGGUGGCAAAGUGGAAGGGGGAACGCCUCUGUUCAAACUCAGGAAAACUGGGGCUGCUCCUGCCAAGGCCAAACCAGCAGCAGCCCCUCCUCCUCCUGCAGCCCCUGAACCUGUAGCUGCAGCUGCUCCUCCCCCUGCUGCAGCACCAAUUCCCACUACAAUGCCACCAGUGCCGCCUGUGUCAACUCAGCCCAUUGAUAGCAAACCAGUGUCUGCGGUGAAGCCAGCUGCAGCCCCAGCGGCAGCCCCUCCUGGGGAGGCAGUGCCCAGCAAAGGUGCCCGAUCAGAACAUAGGGUGAAAAUGAAUAGGAUGCGUCAGCGUAUUGCUCAGCGGCUGAAAGAGGCUCAGAAUACUUGUGCCAUGCUGACCACUUUCAAUGAGAUCGAUAUGAGCAACAUCCGGGAGAUGAGAGCUGUACACAAGGAUCCCUUCCUGAAAAAGCACAAUCUGAAGCUAGGUUUCAUGUCAGCUUUUGUGAAAGCUGCAGCUUUUGCUCUGCAGGACCAGCCCGUUGUGAAUGCAGUGAUUGAUGACACGACCAAAGAGAUUGUGUACAGGGACUAUGUGGACAUCAGUGUUGCUGUAGCAACUCCCCGGGGUCUUGUGGUCCCUGUCGUUAGGAAUGUAGAAAACAUGAACUUUGCUGACAUAGAGCGUGCUAUCUACGAGUUGGGGGAGAAGGCACGGAAGAACGAACUGGCCAUUGAAGACAUGGAUGGCGGCACUUUCACAAUCAGCAACGGAGGGGUUUUUGGGUCACUCUUUGGGACACCUAUCAUUAACCCACCCCAGUCUGCCAUCUUAGGCAUGCAUGCCAUCUUUGACAGGCCUGUAGCUGUGGGAGGCAAGAUCGAGGUGCGGCCCAUGAUGUAUGUGGCGCUGACGUAUGAUCACCGGCUGAUUGAUGGCAGAGAGGCAGUGACUUUCCUGCGCAAGAUCAAGGCAGCGGUGGAGGAUCCCCGCGUGCUGCUGCUUGACCUGUAGAGCAGCCACACCCCCACACAACCCACGCAGGGCAGGGCCACAGCACCAGCAGGGGCAAUGCAGGGCAUUCAGGAACUGGCAGGGGUCAUUCCAGUCUCUCUUCCUCCGCUGUGAUCGGAGCUGUCCCAGAGGGAAUUGUGGGGAUAGCUCCUACCUCCUUUCCUAUUCUGUUUAACGAAGGUUCAGUUUCUCACGAGGAUUGCUAUGCAGUGGGCCAACCACUGAACGGCACUGCCUUUCCAGAGCCAACUGUAUGGCAUCCUCUCCCUCACAGCACCGAACUCUCACCUCUAGCUUGUCCUAUACCACUGGAAACUGCUUGCUGCUGCUGUGCUAGGGUACCCUUCCCUGCCACUCCAAGGCAGGUUCAGCUUUAUUUCCUAGCACUGAGGUUCCUGGGAGGGAGAGGAGAGGAGAGGCUACUGUUCUGUCCCUGUUUUGCUUGAAAAUAUUUCACACUCAUCUGCCUUGCAAGGGCAGUCUGGGGACACCCAGGCCACUUGCAGCAGAGGUUUUGAUCAGAGCAGGGCUUGAGGUAGGUGUCAUGCCUCUGGCAGUGCCCUGGUUACACUCCCUCCACAGACAGGAACGCAGCGGUGGCAGCUCCCCUGCUUUCCCUUGGAGAUCGUUUGUCUCUCUCCAGCCUGGUCACUGGUGUGAAUGUUUGUCUGGGUGGGCAGAGCCCGUGACCUCUGUGGAGGUAGCACUGAUCCUGGGGGGACAACCCUUUCACCAUUACAUGCCCGACAUGGGGCUAAGAACCAGCCCCCAGCAGCUGUCCUUGAAUCACAGCUCACUGACGGUGGAUCUGACUGCUGGCUUCCUGCGUGCAAGGGCUUGGCCUGCUACCAGCAGAGAGACAGCUGGGGAGGGCCAGGUCUUUAACUGUAAUGUACAUCCCAGCCCAAGGCUGCUGGUUUUGGGGGGAGGGGGGCAGUCCUUAAUCUGAUAGCGCACACAUGUAUUGGGGAGUGAGGGGGUUGCUAGUGCCUGCAGAGUCUAUUACUCUUACCCUCUACGCAGAACUUGUAACUAAAAUAUUUAACACAGCGGAUUUUAAAUGAAAUAAAAGUGGGCAACGACUGC